GAAUAACUAAGGGGGUUUCACUUUUAUGUGCCCAAUAUGAUGCCCUUCAGAUGUGUAAUGUUACGAGAGCGCAUUGUGAUGACUACAACAUGUACUUCAUUUCCUGCUUUGACCAAGAACCAGAAUUAACCGAUUUCGUUGACUUUCAAGUGCACGAAUUUGACUUGCGGCACUAUGCCCUGGCACAUGGAAUUCUCAAAAUUGAUGUUCCAGAUAAAACUUCAUAUGAUGAUUUUUUUAUUUGUUCAACUGGAUGGAGCAUCAGCGAAGCAAAAGUUGCAUGUCGACAGCAAGGAUUUGAUCCAAAGGAUGCUGCAAUUGACACAUUCUCCAAGUAUCCUUGCUAUGAUGACUACGACUAUGAUGAUGUUAAAAAUCGUACACCGAGUAUCAAUAUUUAUAUGAGUGAUGUUGUCUGCAAUGGUGAUGAAUACAAUCUAGCCGACUGUUCCUUCAACUAUGGUGAAAAUGCAUCAUGUCCUGAUGCAACAAGGGCAAGUGUCAUAUGCGGAGAGAUAAAAGUUCGAUUGAAACGUAGAAAAACCGCAAACUCAGGACUGGUUGAGAUUUAUGUUGGUUACACGUGGAGAAAGGUAUGCUCCUCAACAUUGGGUAUGAAUGAAGCCAAGGUUAUUUGUCAACAACUUGGUCUACCAUAUGGAAACGUUUCAACAUAUGAAAGAAAAGUUCCAAUUACGGGGAGGAAUGAUUUAUCAUUCAUUGAUGAUUUACAAUGUACUGGAAACGAGCAUCAUAUUGGCCAAUGCAAUUUCAAUUAUGGCAAUAACGAUUUAUCUGAACUAAAUUAUCCUAUC